AUGAUGGAGGCGACAGCCAAUCCGCUCCCCGCUCUACUGGGUUGGGACGACGCCAGCUCAAGCUUUCGCACUGCCACCCACAACGUCGACAUCGAGGCAAACCGCCAGUCGUUUCCAUUCCUUUACGCUGAUAUAGACCAGCCAGACAUUCUCAAGUCUUCCGCCGAGACUCUACAACACAAUGCGACGGCGUUUAUUCAGCAACACUACCAAUUAGAGCACGAUAUUGACAUUGUGCUCGCCCUGAAACUCGUCAAUCACUGGGAUAGAGCUUGGGCGACAUGUGGAUUAGACUCUGCUUUUCUGCUUCUAGCAGCGUACAAACCUGAGCUUGUCAUCCGACUCCAUGUUUUACUCAGAGAUUUUAUGAGGUUGAAGGACGUGGAUGACCUCUUUCCGAGUUUCAAGUCGUACAACUAUGCCUCUCGUGGAGACCAUGCACUGUUCCUACUGGAGAACCAAACCCUGGUUCAUUAUCCCUACAACUAUGACUGGAGUAAGGCAUUCAAUGCCUGGAAAGAUGAUACAAGUCUUUCGCAACUACGCGAUAGGCUUGGAGCAUUUCAAACGGGUCUCCAAAAGCCCCGCGAGAGUUGGAUGGUGCUCAAGAAGAUGACUGAAGACGUUGAAAGAGAAAUUCCUCUCCAGGUCAUGGAACAGCUGCGCCAGAGUUUGGAAGCAACCUUUGGCUUCUUUGAUAAGAAAAUAGAGGAUUGCAGAAACACCAUCACCGCUUUGGAAAGGGAUGAGGAAGCAAAGCGCUCACUUGUACCCGAGCCCGGCAUCUUCAAGACACCUUCGAUCUCUUCCGCCAUCGAGGUCGUUUCGAUCGAUAUGAGCAAGCUCAGGCCACGAACAGCACAAGCGAAGGGCCCCGAUCACGGUCCCAAGAAGCUACAAAAGGAACCCCGACGAAUGGGCCGCGGAGGCAACAACAUGGCAUCAAAAAAGCGAUCCGCAGCCCAAGAGCCCAAACUUUGGCGCACCCUUGGCCUUUCUUUGGUGACCUGGCUUGUGGUGGUAUCCCUUCCCUUUAUAGUGCUCGCAACGUUCCUUUGUGAGGCCGCGGAGGGGGUUCCGAUGUACGACAGCAACUUCCACUCGACCUUGAGCCAGCAACUCCUGGGCUUCGGUGGAUUAUACGCCAUUGUGAAACCUCAGCUGAUGCAGUGGUUCAAUACUCUUGGUUGGCUCACAGGCGAAGGGAAGCCUCCGAAGGGCAUCGAGACUAAGUGGCCCAUCACGUUCAAUGGCUUGGUCAUUCUAGCCUUCGUCACUCUGUUAGCAAGCUCGCCCAUCUAUCCGUACUACCCUCAGUCCAGCAUCCCACUUGGUGCCUUCGCGGCGAUAUGUGCCAAUAUUGCAACACUGCUCAUCAUUGAGGACACUGAAAGCCAAAUUGUGGAGCAGGAAUACAGGAUCGAAGAGCAGUCUGAUGAGAUUUUGGAUCUGAACUACGAGCUUGAGGGUCUUCGAAGGAGAGGUUAG